AAUAAUAAUGCUAUUAUAGAACAACGACUGAAUUUGCUGAUUUUUAGGAAAUUUAAAAGGAAAUUAAAUCCAUAUUUUUUUCUCUACAUCAAGUGUUUUGUGAAUUUGGCUGACAAAAAGAAAGUUGUUUAUCAUUCAUUCUGAAUUAUUUCAAGAAAUUUUUGCGGAAAUUUAUAUUUGGUAUACUGUGUGAAGAAAGAGCCCCUUCUCAAAAAAAUAAUAAACAAUUGAACCUUUUUGAUCAUGACGCAUAGCGAAAAAAGUCCAGUCCACCAUAAAAGAUGUGAAGUAGUGUAUUUCUAAAAAUAAAAAUCUAACUUGUCCGAAAUCGUUAUCAUUUCAAGCAAUCGAAAUUGACAUUGUUGUGUGUGUAAGAGUGAAGAGAGAGAGAGAGAGAGAGAGAGAGAGUGCAUCCGAUCCCUAAAACUACUAUAAAUAUUCGAAAAGAAAAAGGAAAUCAUCGAGCUGAAACAGUGCUGAAUUGGAUGAAUAGCGGAAGUUCGGUCAUAAAUUCGUAACCACAACCAUUUCAAAACCAUUCGAGGACAUCGCAGUGCUCUUGUCCUGGAUUCAUAUUCUGGGUAUUCUUCUCAUUCAAUUUGGGAUUGUGAAUAAUGACGGCUUCAUAUAUAAAUUGUCGUGCUUUAUCAUCGACAUAAUUGGAAAACGUUCUUAAAAUAAAAGAGAAUUCCCAAAUGAAGAGUCAAAUGCAUGCAAAUGAUAUCUUUCGACAACAAUCAAUAUGAGAAAUGGUAGCGAUGAGACAGUGAGCGCAUCACGGCCAAUCUUAAUCAGUAAUCUCAGAACAAAGCACCGAACAAACGAAAAAGACCAAACGAUACUAAAUUUCGAGUCAAAACAACAGCUAACUCCAAUUUCAAUUCACUUGAAUCAUCAUUAUCGCCACAAUCAUCGUUGUCGUAAUCAUUGUAUUAACGAAGUUCACCAGCACAAAAGCAAUAAUCACAUCGAAUGGUGCUUCGAUGACGAACAUAACAACAAGCGAUAUCAUAAAAUUGAUUCGACAAAACGACGUGAGAAAAAAAACACACUGAAACACUGAAACGAUACCAAAAAUAACAAUACAACCAUUCACAAUCAUAAACAACAAUCGAAUCGAAUCGAAUCGUUUCCAUUUGAUAUUGACACCAUUUAAACGUCUGAUUGGUAAAAUUUAACACACAUACACACACAUACAUAUUCGAAAACAUCACAUUUAUUUUAUGAACAUCAGAUGCAACAACAAGCGAGCAUAACAUUUGCCACCAUCGAAGAGCAACAACUACAAAAGUAAUAUAAUUCAUAGUAUUAUAUUCAAAAUUGAUUGAAAAUCUAAACAAAGGCGACAAAGGCGAAAAGAAGCAGUGAAGAAGGAAACACGAACGAAAAAAAAAAACAGGGAGCGAGAAAACAUACAAAACAUAUAAUAAUAAAAAAUUGCUCUUGAGAACCAAUGAUUUGGUAAGUGAUGUAAAAUCACUUUGUGCCAAGUCAAAAGCCACGACUGAAAUCACUGAAACUAUUAACAAACGAAGGACAAGAAGAGCAGGAACAGUAGAAAAAAAGCACUGAAUCACACGUACAGCGGAGAAACAAGAGUGACAUAGGAUACCCGUAUUUCUGAAAGUUUUCCUUCGAUAAGCCGUUGUAAAAGUUUUCGACUUCUCAAAUGCAAGGCAUUCACAAUCAAUAAAAGAAAGAAGAAAAACGAUCGGUAUUUUUGUGUUCUUCAGCAGUGAAACAAAAACCAAUGGAAUAAAAAAAAACUUGUAUCGUUUAGAUCAAUUUGAUAGAUUACCACGACGAACAUAUAUUAGCUUGGCGUUUGAACAACAUUCGCCAACAAGGAAAUCCAAUCGUAAAAUAUAGCUUAGGUCACAACAACAACAAUAGCAACAACAAAAGUAGCAACAACAACAACCGAAUUCUGUAAAUACGGACACUAUCAAACGAUUAAUUUUAUUGACGUAGUCACUGAACGUCUAUAAAAAGCACAAAUUUUACUCCAUUGUAGAAUUAUUCAACAGGAAAGAAAGAGCCAUUUUCACAACGUAGCAUCGGUGGAGCAACAAUAACAGCACCGUUAGAUAAGGAGAUCAAGAUAAAAUAAAGUAAAGACAUAAUAUAAUAGUCGAGAACUUCCAUCAUACUAAUUGAAAAAACAAAAAUCCGGAGCAAAGAAUAGACGGAAACCAGCAGUAACAAUACACACAUGAAAGGAGAAAACUAUUGAAAAAAUAUAAGAAAAAGAGAUAAAAUCGUGAAAAAAAGGAGCUAGUAAAAAUCUACUCGAAAAAGAAACUAACGGAAGACAAGAGACGACGACGUACAAUUGACAAAAAAGGAGAUACAAACAGAAUAAGAAUAAGCGCACGACCACAGAAUAUCACCACCGACGAUAUAAUGGAAUUGAAUGAAAAUCGACAAUCAAAUGUGGCCACGAUCAAAUAUAAUUACGACGAUGAUACAAAUCCCAUGUUACGUUAUGAAAAUUUAGUGAAACAAUCAUCAAUGCAUAGUUUUUACAAUAUAAACGAUUUUAAUGAGUCCACCACCGUACCUGAUGAUGGUGACGACACUGUUGUCGAUUGGAACACCAUAAUCAAUGUUAUAAUAAUUAUUAAGUGUUUUGCGAUGUGUUUCAUUAUAUUAGCUGCCAUAUUUGGUAACAUGCUGGUCAUCGUAUCGGUAAUGCAACAUAGAAAAUUAAGAGUGAUAACCAACUACUUUGUGGUUUCGCUUGCGAUGGCUGAUAUGUUGGUUGCAUUGUGUGCCAUGUCAUUCAAUGCAUCGGUGGAAUUUUCUGGCAGAUGGCUAUUCGGUUCAUUUGUAUGCGAUCUAUGGAACAGUUUCGAUGUGUACUUUUCGACCACCAGCAUUCUACAUUUGUGCUGCAUCAGUGUGGAUCGCUACUACGCGAUAGUUCAGCCAUUAGACUAUCCCCUCAUCAUGACCUAUACUAGAGUAGUUUGUAUGCUUGUGAUUGUGUGGCUAUUUCCAGCUCUGCUAUCAUUUGUGCCCAUUUUUCUUGGCUGGUACACAACCGAAGCGCAGUAUUUAUAUCUACGAAAAUAUCCACAUAUAUGCGAAUUCAAAGUUAACAAAUUUUAUUCCAUAAUAAGUUCGUCGGUUAGUUUUUGGAUUCCAGGAAUUGUGAUGAUUUUAAUGUACUAUAAAAUUUACAAAGAAGCCGAUCGACAAGAACGUUUACUCUACAGAUCAAAAGUGGCUGCUUUGCUUCUGGAAAAGCAUUUACAAAUCAACGGUAUAGCCGUGCAACGGCAGAGCAUUCACCAGGUUGAACCAUGCGCCAUCACAAAAAUGCGACGUGAGAAAAAAGCUGCUCGUACAUUGGGAAUAAUAAUGAGUGCAUUUUUAGCGUGUUGGUUACCAUUUUUCCUAUGGUAUAACAUCUCAUCUUUAUGUGGCGAAGCGUGCCAAACACCGCGUUCUGUUGUCACGAUCGUCUUCUGGAUCGGCUACUUCAAUUCAGCAUUAAAUCCCGUGAUUUAUGCGUAUUUCAACCGCGAAUUCCGCUAUGCAUUCCAACGGACACUAAAGAAUUGCUGUUCGUUUCAACAUAUUAAUUGUAAGAUAAGCGACCGAAUACCACCAUAUUUACACUCAACUGCAUCAUCCGAAAUUCAUAUGAAUUCAAUACGACCGCCAAACAAUGAUGGGAAUAACUGACAUUUAGAUUUUUAGAUCAUCAUUAAAAACAAAUCCAUUGUGGUUGUUGAUGUUUAAUGUAUGUGUGUUUCAUAUGUGUGUACAGAAAACUGAACGAAAAUUCUACAAUAACAGCUAUAACAACAGCACCAACAUCUGUAAUGUCAACAAUAACAGCAACGCCAGCUUCCGACGAAACUGUAUAUAGUUGUCCAAUUUCAGUACAAGCGAGAUAAGAGAGUCAACAAUGGAAGAUCAUCGCAACAACACCGAGUCGUCAUUAAUAUAAUAAUCAUCGGUUUAGGCUCGAUUUCGAUUCGUCACUUGCUCGAAUUUCUAAGCCUAACAACUCAAUGCCCAUUACAACCUAGUCAUGAACAAACUUACCAUGAAAACAGGAGCUUAGUUUUCAAAUCAUACAUCCAAAAAAAAAUUAUUGUUUUUUUUUUAUUGAAUGUGUUUGUUUUAGUUAUUCAUCAAAUCGUAUUAUAUGUUUCAUAUUUGCUUGAUUGUAUUUUUGUUUAAAACACUCGAUACAAACGGUGUCUAUUUACAAAUGAUUUUUUUUAAUAUUAUGCCUGUAACAUACUUCAAUGAAUUUCACAUUCAACUGAACUCCUAAACCAAACAAAAACCAAAUCAAUACCUCCAAAUAUUUAAAUUUAUCGUAAAUGUUAAGGAAUUGUUGAACGUUCUUCGUUUGACUUGAAUUUAUUUAUUUUUGAAGAAAUUUUAUGACAAAAUAAACCGCUUAUUAUCCAAUGAACCAUUGCCCGCGCCCCUUAUUAUUGUUAGGGGACGUUCAUGUAUGAAACGAUAGAAAUGAAGGAAAUCACAGUUUAAUGUUUAAGCUCAUAUAUACAAUACAAAUCUCUCUCCCACAUACACACAAAGAACAACAAAAACUUUAUCAUAAGGUAUGUAAUUUGAUAUUACAAUUACAAAAAAAGGCGUACAAUGCAAAAUCAAUGCACAAAAUACUACACAUGAUAUGAUAAUUGCUAAAUUAAAAGCGAUCACCGCAACAGCAGCAACAAAAACAACAAACACUUUGUAUAUAAAUUGUGGACAUCGUGUGCAAAUGUCGAUCCACAAAUUUGAGAAAAACGUUUAAUAAAGUCUAUUUUAAUUGUGAAUAAGCAUCUGGAAAAUGGAAAGGACUAAUUAUAUAGAUUAUAUUGUAUAUGAUAAGCAACAAGAAAGAUGAUGAGUAAAUAGUUUUAGUGUAGACAAAAGCAAUUUUUUGUUUUUUCUUCUUCUCCUGUGCAUAUCCAUUUUAUUUCGUGACAUAAAUGAUUUCAUGGAAUGCGCUUCUGAACUCAUUAAAUGCACGCUACACUCACUCCAAAUUUUUCUGCAACGUUCAAAUGAUUCUUAUUGAGUGACUUAAAUGUUAUGCAAAAAAUGCAUAUAUUUUUUUUUUCAAGAGAAUAAAUUAGCUCAUUGUCGAAAUGAAAAAGAGCGAUGGUAAAAGUUCUUCGUACAUUUCGAGAGUACUUAUUUUUUUUUGUUUCACAGUUGCUAUAUGACAACAUUGCCGCCAAUGGGUUAAAUUUCUUUUUCAUUCGCCCACUUUUAGUUCGUUCAGAGAAUUUGAACAUUAAUCUAAUAAUAAAAGAAGCGUCAUUGACUACCUUUCGUUGAUUUUGGUUCCGUAUAGUGCACCAGAUUGUGAAGGUAACAGAUGACAAAAGCGGUAGCUCGCGCAUUCAUGGUGUCAUACUUAUAUGACUCAUACAACAUAAUUAUCCGGAUACAUACACCCCAAGUAAAGGCUUCAUAAUAAUAAUAAUGAAAUUUAUGCUAGAAGACUUAAUUUGCAUAUUAAUAAGAAAACUGUCAUGACAAUGUACUAGGAAUGCUUGCUUGAGCACGUUUUUUUCUCGACAUUUUUCUAUUCUUUAUAUUUUCAUUCAAUUUCGGAUGCCCUUCUGUCGCGACUACUACUACACCAAAUGUAAUCACAUUUAAGGAGAGUCAACGCUCAACUCAUCGUAUGCAGAGUGAUUGUGUGUGCGUAUGGGUGCCAUUUACAAUGCAACAUUCAAGUGUUUGCUGAAAGCUACUGUGUGCAAACUACUUUUUCUUUUACAAGAAAAUGUCAUCAGAAUUUCAUGAAAUAUUACAUUGUCAUUUUUUUCCCGUUCAUAAUAGAACUAACUUCUUUUUUUCUUGCUUAAAAGCAUAUUUAAAAUAAUCUUUGAAAAAAUAUCAAACCAAUGUCUAUUUCACUCUGAGUUAACCGUUAGUUUUUCGAAACUAUACCGAAUCUUUUUAAUUAGAUGUCAUUUCUUUUUUUUAUUUAAUGUGUAAAUUCAGAUGGUUUUAUUGAAGAAAAAACACGUUAUUUUUGCUCAAAUUUAUAGAAUAGAAUCGGCUGAAUAAUAUAGCUUGGAUACGUAAUUUGAAAUUAAAUUACUAAUUUCUGACCAGUGGUUCGAAUUACAAACGUUCAUCUGGUGUACGGCAAUUGAAAAUACCCGCCCACAUAACCACACACUAAACAAAGUUUCAAAUUACUCCUUUAACUUUUGUCACAGCGAAACUAACGCAUGCACCCCAGCCCCCUCCUCCAAAUUCAACUUCAGUAUGGUUGACUUUCAUUUUCAACUAACCUAAAAGACUCCAUUUGACAAUUUUCGAACAUUGAACACUAAUUAAAUGCAACUGUUAUCAGUUAUACAUAUUUUGUUCAGCUAUUUCUUCAGUUCGUAUUAUAUUCAGCUAUUUCUUUGCUCAAAACAUGUGUUGUAAACACAGAACACUGACUAAAGUUGAUAUUUAACUGACGACAAAAAGUAAUGCAUUCUUAUAUAUUUUUUUGUUGAUUAGUCGCACAAUUGAAUGUGUUCGAAUUUAAAGUUCCCGAAGAUUAUGUGCAUAAUUUGAAUUUCAAUCACUUAUUGAUUUUCAGCAAAAACUGAUUCUUUGCUGUUUCUCUCUUCAAAAAUUCUAAUAAAAAUCUUGUUGUUUUUUCGAUUUUCGUUCAAUAUCAGUAAUAAAAGCACUCGUCCAUGACCAUACGCAUUCAUUUUGAUGUGUAUGAUAUUAUCGUUACAUUGAAAUCAAUUCAUCCGUGUUUAGCGUAUUAAGAUCAAUUUUAAGCAAAUAGUAAUAUACAUCAAAAUACACUAGUUAUUAUAUGAAUCUUCGGAGAAAACAAAAAUCCAAAAAAAAAAAAUAUCAUUGAAUGAAUAAUUGAUAGAAUGAAUAAAAAAACAUGUGUUUUAUGGAAAAUGUCAAAAAACCGAAAAAAAAUAUAGAAACAAAUGUGCAUUGACGCCCACUUAUUACAAAUUGCAAAUCGAUUUGAAAAUCAACAACAAAGACAAUGUGUAUGUGUGAAAAUUCAGUAGUCAAUCGAAUAUAAGAGAAUAAUAAUAAUAAAAAAAAUAAUAAUAUUGCAUGUACAUUUUGAAACUAGAAAUCUAUCUAUGUAUGAAUUUAUUGAGAGACACGUUUAUCGUAUUGCGCGUGAAAAUAGUACACAUUAUUCGUAUGAAAAAGUGAUUGUACGGAGAGGGGUAAAAUGUAAUGUACAAUUCCAGUGCAUGUGCACAAAAAUAAUGAACAAGUCUUCAAUGCAUAAAUAAAAAUUAGGUUAAAUGUUGCAUUACCAGAGCGCUCAGUGUGAGCAGAGCGAGUGAAAGAGAGGCUGUAUUGACUUCAAGAUCAAUCAUAUGAAUACAAUCCAAUCAAAUUCUUGCUCUCGAUACAUCUAUCUACAUAUAUAUCUAUAUUAAUUCGUAUAUGGAUCGUGUUCGCCGUUCUUCAAUAUGUGUGUAGCUCAGAUUAACUGUAAAUAAAAAAAAUAUAUAUACCUAAUUAUAUGUAAUAUUCUUCUUUAAAAAUCCAGAAAAAAAAGAAACAACAAUCUCUGUUUGAACAGAGCUAUAGUUUGUAAUUUAUUGUAUUUGAUGUCCAUGGAAAAAUAUUAAAUUACAAAAUCAAUACAAAAAUCUUAUUUUCAAUUGCAAAUAUGUGAUCGGUACUAAAGUAAGUAGCAAAUAUUUGCAAAAAUUUGAAAUAAAUACAAAUGCAUCGAAUAUUGGAAGUGAAUGAAGAGACACACGAAGCGUUAAAGGGAACGCGAGAAAAAUGGAAUCCGACGCGAUAAUCAUAAAGAUGUGCGAAUUACAGCCCACGCAACACAUACAUACGUGGUUAUACGCAAAAGCGUGCCAACCGUAUAGAGACAUCAAAAACAACUUCGACCAGAUAUGAAUCGGUAAGAAUUUCUUGACUCAUCUCUUGAUUAAAAAAGAAACACUUGCGAAUUGCUCAAUAACUCGAUGAGCUUCAUGGAGUUAUGAUGAAACUACCUUUUUUUUUUAAAAAAAGACGAAUUUGAUAUCGUAUAUGUACACGGGUGCUUUUUUCUCUCUCUUUCAAAAUAUCUCAACACCAAAGAGCUUGUUACAACAUUGUUCAUUUAUGCACGUAAUUUGACGUCCAUUCUUGACUUUCUGUGCCAUGGACGAAUUCAAAUAUUCAAAUAAAUAUCUUAAACCCUUAUCCUUUCAACCACUUCAAUCCACCCGUUUAGCUUUUCUGAACAUAUAAAUUGCCUAGUUUGAUAUGAUCCCAAGAUAUGAUACUGGAGUUUUUCGUUUACAUUAUCGUUACCUAUUUUAAUGAGAAAUAAAAUAAAUAAAUAGACGGUAACCCAACAACAAAUUCCGAAUUUCUAAUCGAUUUUAUCGAUUCAAAGGCACAUGACAUUACCAUUUAUACUGGCUACAUAACAGCCAUAAAUGACACACAACUGGCGAUAAUCUGUGAACAUUCCCUCCAACAACAACAACAAAACGCUCCACAAUACACCGAAACAAACAAAAAAAAAAUUGUCGUAUAAAAAUCUGAUCCGAUAAAAAAAAUAUUCGUCAAGACUAACCAUAAGUAAUAUUAUAUCGUGUCAAAAAAAAAAAAAUACGAAACGAACAAAUAUUUUAUCUCCUCUAACGCCUGCGUAUAUUUCUGGACAACAAAGAGAUUUCGUGCGAAAAAAUAUCACGAACUCGAAAAUAUCAUGGGACGUGAAUAAACGCGCGAUAAGAACAACAUUUCCAUAGAAUGAGAAGAAAAGCAAGAGGAGACAAAGAAAUGUAUGAAAUAAACAUGUGCUUGAAAGAGAAAGAGAGGAUAAAACAAAAAGAAUACAAAUUGAAGCACGGUAAAACCUCCUAAUAGUGGAAUGUGUUCGAAACAAACUACGAACAUAUGGAGCAAGUGAAAACCUUCUUUUCUUCAAGAUAGUCGAAAAAUUGCCACAACACACAAUUCCAGUGUCGCGAGGUAUUUCUGUAUACAUUUUUUCCUUCGAACGAAAAAGUGAGCCGUAUGCUUGCAGCCAAAUGCAUUCAUAUUGAUUUGAGCGGAUUACAUGAGCAAUCGAACGAACAAACGAAUGAAGAGAAAAUCUGAAAAAUAAGACGAAUAGCACGGAUAAUAAGAGAAAAUAAAGAGAUGAAGAAAUAAAGGAAUCGAUAAAAAAAGCAACUGAUGCAAGCGAUUAUAUUCAAAUCCAAUAUAAAUGUUCCAUUUAUCGAAGAAUUGUAGCAUUUCAUGUUCGUAUUACUACUGCAUAUUUAGUGUCAAUAAAUAUGGAAUAAAAUGUAAUUCAAUUUAUAUAGAGAGCAUCAAAAUUGUAUAUAGAACAAAUCGGUUCGAAGAAUUGACCGUCGAGGGAAAAGAAGACAAGAAAAUCACAUAGAUGCGAGGAGAGUAAGAAAGCGUGCGUGUGUAAUAAAAAAAAACAACACUAUUAAUAAGAAUAACAGAGAAACAAUAAGUAGGUCAUUCAUAUCGAUGACUUAUUUUGCGGCCGAUCUUACAAAUAAUUUUCAAUCACGCAUCAAUAAAAUCGCAUACAUGAGAAGAUAGAAAAGAAACAGCAAACAAAUGAAAAUCAUUGAAUAUUAACGGUGUCCAUCCGAAUCAAAAUGGGAAAAUACUUUGAAAUUACACUAAAAGUCUAAUCCUAUUCCACGUAUCUGCCCCCUAGGUUUUAAUCAAAAUACAACAUUGAUUUCAAAUUGUAUUUUUGAGAGAACAACCACAUUUUUCUGGUUACUCAUUUCAAACUAAACAUCUGUACUCCCACUUUUAUUCUCACCCAUUCAAAUAUACAGUUCACAUAGAAUGCAGGAUAUGCGAUUCGCACAAAGAGUGAUGUAUCGUGAAAAAUUUGACCAAGUUGCGGUCGAACUCAAAAGAUAUGGAUUAAACCAAAAUCAAUAAUCAUAUAUGGGUAUAAUUUUUACUGUUACGAUUAAUGGUGAAUUCACAAAAUACUCAAACAAUUGAGAAAUUUUUUUUUUCGUUCAGUUUCAAUUUUUUUUUUUGCGUUCAUUCAAAACGCUAUUCAAAAUCAUAAAUUGAUGUUCAAAAUCUCGCAAAAUCUCAAUUAUGGUAAUUCUGGUUUUCAUGUUCAUGUUGAUCAUGUGAAUAAUAUGUGUGUUAAUCUCUAUCAUCAUUAAGCCAUUGCGCAUCAUAUGUCAUUAAUUUGUAUAAAAUAUUAUGUAAGUUAAAUCCAAGACGCAUGCGUUUUUUGUCCUGUUAAUAUAGUAAAAAUCUGUUUAGCAUUCCAAUGGAAAAAAAAAAACAAUCCCAAU